CCUUCUCCUAUAUGUCUCCUCAUCUCGCGUACCGUCACAUUCAGGAAUCAAUACAUACCGGACGGUGGGCCGCGAAUGCCAUUCGUCGGCUGGACCGAGUGCCCCCGGGCAUUCUCUGUCCCGGGGUGCGGACUCGGCCAAGACACUAUCUCCACCGUGACCCCCCGCGUCUCAUGACUUUGGGCGUGGGGGUACCGGGGUACAGAAAAAAAUCGGGAAAUUAGCGCGGGGGGUGUGAAGGGUUUUCUGUCUUAAAGGGAAGAUUCUGCCCCUGGCUGCCCCGGUUGAUUCUGUUUUCUACACAGCUGCAGUCAUGGCGGACGACAUCUCACGAACUACCAAUGACCGGACAGAGGUCGAGGCCGAGAAGGAGAGGUAUGAAAAUGUCGAGCACAUUGCCUCAACCAAGCAAGAAGGCCUCGCUGCCCAGAUGGAUCCUGCUCGUCGUGCGGCCGUCGAGAAGCGUCUCAAGUUGAAACUUGACGCCCGAUGCAGUCUGUUCAUCUUUAUCUAUAUCAUGAACUACCUGGACCGCAACAACAUGGCGGCGGCCCGUCUGAAGGGUCUGCAGGAUGACCUCCAACUCUCCAACACGGAGUACUCGACGUGUCUGAGUAUUCUGUAUGUGGGCUACAUCAUCAUGCAAGUGCCCUCCAACAUGUUCAUCAACCGCAUUUCGCGGCCCUCUCUCUACAUCGCCUGUGCCAUGCUCCUCUGGGGUCUCAUCUCCACGUUGUCCGGUAACGCCAAGACCUUUGGACACAUGGUGGCCAUCCGUUUCCUGUUGGGCUUCAUCGAGGCUGCCUUCCUGCCCGGUGCAUUGCUCAUCCUAUCCAAGUGGUACACUCGCCGCGAGUUGACCUCCCGCAACGCCCUCCUAUUCUGUGGUAACCUCAUCUCCAACGCCUUUUCUGCCCUUGUUGGUGCCGGUGUCCUGUCCAACAUGCAGGGCGUCCUGGGCCACGCUGCGUGGCGCUGGCUGUUCUGGAUUGAGGGUGCCGUGACCAUGUUCAUUGCUGUCUUGGCUGCUUUCAUCCUGCCUGAUCUGCCCACCAAUGCUCGCGGUUUCACCGAGGAAGAACGUCAGGUGGCUCAGCUUCGUAUGUUUGAGGAUGUCGGUGAAGCUGAUACCGACUCCGAGGAGCUCGGUGCCAUGGGUGGUCUGAUGAUGGCCCUGAAGGACCCCAAGAUCUACGUGAUGAUGUUCACCUUUGUUGCCUACGUCGUUGGAUUGUCUUUCAACGCCUUCUUCCCCACUCUCACCGGUACUCUUGGAUUCGGCUAUGUCCCUACCCUCCUGAUGAGUGCUCCCCCAUGGGUGUUCUCGUGUAUCUUCUCCGUCAUCAACGCAUGGCACGCGGAUAAAACCCAGGAGAAGGUCUGGCACAUCUUCGGCCCCCUCGCCAUGGGAGCCGUCGGGUUCAUCAUCAGUAUGUCCACCCUCAACGUGGCAGCUCGAUACGUGGCACUCUUCUUGCAGGCAGGCUCCUACGCAGGAUUCAUCGUGUUCUACUCAUGGAUCAGUUCCUCCUUCCCACGUCCCCCAGCCAAGCGUGCCGUUGCCAUCGCCAUGAUCAACGCAUUCAGUCAACUGGGUAACGUCGCCGGCUCAUACGUCUGGGAUCUGGAGGAUAACGGCUACCGAUCCAGCUAUGGAAUUGUGCUGGCCAUGUUCGGUGUCACGGUCGCGGGAUGCUGGUACUUCCGCUACAUGCUGCUUGACCUGAACAAGCAGAUCGAGGCUGGUGAAAUGGCCGACACGACGGAUAAUGAUAUCCUCGAGAAUGCCGACGAGUCGUUGCGUAUGCGGAAGGGUUUCAGAUAUCUUGUUUAAGCGGAUUGCAUACUUGGAGUUUCAUAGUGUUUUUCUCCGGGAGACGUCAUUACAAGUGCGUCGAGGGGUUUUUAGCCCUUCGCGCUGGUUAUGUUCUAUGAAUGCUUGUAACAAUGUGAUGAGAAACGCCGGUCAGGGACCAGGUAUGUUUUUUAAGGAUAUAUACGUGAUAACAAUGAACUGG